CCGCCAGCAGAUAUACAUGUAUUCCAACAGAUUCGAGAAACCUGCCGAUGCCUAAUAUCAAGGUUGUCGGCUAUGAUAGACAGUCUAAUUCCCCGCAUAGCUGGAGGGCUUAUAAUAUGUAACUGUAGCUCUCUCACGCGUCGGCAAUUUGAGAUGCGGGAAGAAAUAGAAUACUGGCAAGCCUUGUAUAGAUCUAGAGAGCGCAUUCCCCUGUCUUACUGGACCUAUUAUGGUUAUGUGACGCCUAAACCAAAACGGCGUGGCAUAAACUGGUCCAAUAUUCGGUUGGAUCUCAAUAUGGCAGAGACUAUCAUCAAAAUGAGUACUCCAUCAGGAGCAGCCCUAGGAGAAACCGGUGUUCCCUCAAUCCUCGUAUUAUCAGUAGUACCCCAUCCUACCGAUCAUAGAAGCACAAAAAAUAUUGGAGAAAGGCCAUGGAAAUCUAUCCCCCACUUAUCUAGGUCAGAGCAUGUCUAUGAGUAUAACGUUCAUCCACAGCCUGAUGGCAUGAACUCGUCCGAAGACCAGGGGGAAGGUUUGAGGGGACAAGUGAUAUAUAUGAUGGCUGAAAG